CUUUAUUUGCACAACAAAAGCAGGCAGCUCUCAACGAAUCGUCGGGAUGGAAGAACAAAGGAAAUCUCAGGUCGUUUCCAAUCUCCGUGUAUAGUUGUCUCAGCUAAUACUUUACCUUAUUAAUGAUUAUUGCUGUCUAUUGUUUAAGAUAAUAAUGAUACUUUACCAUAUAUUCCAUAUAUCUAUAUAUAAUUUAUUUAAAUUGUAUGAAAAACCAACAGAACCCUUCCGUUUGCCGUAAUAAAAUACUACAAUAAUGAUAUGUAUUUAAGUGAUAAUCCUCCAGGAUAAUAAAUAAAACCCUUUAGCCGGAAGUUCAAAGGAUUUGAACGUUGGUUGAAUUGGAUUAUGCCUAUAUCUAAGCAGUACGGUACUAUCUAUCACUUCCGCAUGCGAACGAAUAUUUUGCGUUCGAAGAACGUCUUGGAAAUUUAUCAAAGAGUGGUUAGAUACAAUUAGAGGUAUGUUUGAUUGUCUAAUAAAACAGACUGAUAAUACUACCAGAUACGAAAUGUCUAAUGAGUUUGACAACGAUAAGCGAAUUCUAUGGUUCUUCGUUGAUGUCAUCGUUUCUGUCGCCUGUAUUAUUUCUAUUGUUGGAAACCUACUGAUUGUGACUGUUUAUCACACUAUGAAAAAAAUCAGAAUACAAUCUCGGAGGAUUUUAACAAUAAAUCUUGCUCUUGCGGACACAUGGAUGGCAUUGGCAAUGUUCAUUAUUGCGACUGGGUACUCCUUCGAAGCAACAACUGUAGACGUCAAGAAAGUGUCUUCCAACUUGGUCGUCGUUAUUGUUGUUUACACCGUUGGGCAUUUUGCUUCGUUUUUUUUACUUUUUCUUCUAGCGGUGGACACAUGGAAAUCAUACCACGAUCCUCUAUCGUAUAACAGAACAACGAUGACACAGGAAGAUGUCAGGGUGAUGUGUGUGAUCGUCUGGAUUUUCUCUGCGUGUUUAUCAUCUGCUUUCUUUGUUGACUACGCAGCUGUCUGUGUUCUUUUGGCCUACGACACAUUCCUGUUUCUCAUGUCAGUUACAUUCUCGUGUAUACAGUUGUCUGUAGUAUGUGCAAGCCAGAUACGAAGACGACAACAGAAAAGACAGCAGCAGUCAGUGCUUGUACAUUAUGACCCGGAUGAUGAAGAAAGUGAGUAAUCUCAUAAUCACCAUCAAGGUAAUAGGGAGUUUCCGCAAGCUUACGAAAACGAUAACGAAUACGGUUACGUCAUCAAUUUUGUUAGAAAACCCUUCCCAACAGUAGCAUAUAUGUCACAACGUAGGCGAUUCGUGCCUUUUGCAUGAAUAAAGGAUCAUAUUCAGGUCGUGCAACAUAUUGUCAAGAAUGUUUCAUUCACGAAUGGCGAUAAUGAUAAUGACGUUCGUAUUUGUUAUCGUUUUAGUAACUUGCGAAAUCUCCCUAAUGUCUAUAAGUUAACGAUAUAAUUUUGUAUAUGGAAUAUAAUUUCAAACAUGUCUGAAAUUCACAAACAUAUUUAGAAACAAAUUAAAUCUUUGUCUUUUGUUUACUUAAGACAAAAACAGUAGAACCCCUAUAAGGGGACGCCUUCGGGACCAAAAAGUGUCCCCUUAAAAGGGUGUCCUCUGAAUAGGGGUAGUGUUAAAAGAUACUUUGCUUCGUUUAAAUUUGUGGCUGAAAAAUUCCCCCUUAAUAGGUGUGUUCCCUUAAGAGGGGUGUCCCAAAUGAGGGGUUCUAUUGUAGACAGAUUAGCUAGGUUCACAUUCAGAAUUUAACGUGAUCUGGUGGAACCUCAUUGGUGUAGCGUAAAUAAAUCAGACAUUGAAAGAUUAGAAAAACUUCAAUUACAAAUGGCACGAUAUAUCUUUAAAGCCCCUAUGAAUACGCCCGAUCUACAUUGUAUGGGGAACUUGGAUGGAUACAGAUAAAAACUAUGCAUGACACUGCAAGAGUUAAAUUUUUUAAUCGUUUAAUUAGUAUGGAACCGUAUCGUUGGCCAAAAAUACUCCUAAAUGCAACAAUUCAGUUUCAAUGUGAUCCAAAUAACUUCCGUUUCUAAUUUGUAAAAUGUAUUUCUGAUCUCUUUAUUAAAUGUGAAUCUGAAGACCUUCUAGUACAAUUAUCUAAUAAUCAGGGCAACUACAAUUACUGGGUUAAUCCAUUAUUUUUAAAAAGUAAAUAAAAUAAACAAUGAAAACUGGAGAGAGGAUAUUGAAAGUAAGGCAUCACUCACCGACUAUUCAUUACCUAAAGAUACAAUUAAAUUAGAAAAUUAUCUAUUAGAUAAAUUGGAUUUCGAAGGUGUAUCAUUGAAAUUUAAACUUCGCUCCAAUACUUGAUAGUAGAAUUUCUAGAUGGUCUGAAGACAAGAAUGGCUUAUGUACUCUUUGCAAUACAAAUAAUGAAGAAGACAUAAGACACUUCUUAUUCUCUUGUCCCACUCUCCUAACGUUUAAAGGAGUUAAAUAAACUUGAAUAUAAAUUAAGUAGUCAUAACAUCGAUGUUUGGGAUCAAUUUUUAAGUGCUAAUAUUGAUAUUAAAUUAAGCUACGUCCUAGGCUCCACUGCUCUUUCCAUGACAAAUGAAGUAGAGAAAUACUUCGAUGAAUUUUGUAAAAGUUAUGGAAAACGAGCGUGGAGAAAAAGAUCUGAAUUGAAGCGCUUGCAAACUUUAUCGUAGAUUAAGUAUCUGUAUUACUGUCAUUUCCUUUUUUUUGUAACUAAUUAAUUUUGUUUGCCUUAACAUUAUUGUUGAGUUUGUUGAUGGUACAGGUCGGCUCUUCGAAAUUUGUGACAGGCAAGGCAGGUUGUAUUUCCUUGUCAUGUUUUUCGGGGAGCUACUUGUCUCAUCAGCAGCACUACUCACUUGUGUUUAUUUCAUUUUGACUUUAAAGAUUCCCU